AUGGCUCCACUGGUCUCAUUUCCUGGAAUGAUGCAGGCCAUGUCUUGGGUCCUCCUUCUACUGCUCUCAGCUGGGAACCCAGCAGGAUGCUACAGAAAAAGAUAUUUUGGGGUCAUGCAACCAGUACGCCUCUCUGGUGUCCAGGGCGGCUCCAUCAAGAUCCCCUUCUCCUACUUCCCCUGGGAGUUGGCAUGGGAUUCAGAGAUGACGAUUCUCUGGAGAAGGAAGCACUUCCAUGGGGAAUUGAUCUACAACUCUUCCUCGGGUUUCAUCCAUGAGCAUUUCAAGGACCGGCUCAUCCUGAACUGGACACAGCCUCAGACAUCCGGAGCCCUCAGAAUCCUGGACUUGAAGGAGAAGGACCAGACAGUGUACUUCUGCCAAGUUCAUCUGCGCACAAAACAUGGCAGAGAGAUAUGGCAGUCAAUUCAUGGGACUCGACUCGCCAUCACCCAUGCAGUCAGCACCACCAUGCAGAGCCCCUCCAUCGUCACCUCUGCAAUCACCACGGCUGGACUGGAGGACACAGAGGGCCAGAGGAAUCCUUCACUUGAGAGCCUGGGAGCUACGGUCGGGGUGGUGGUGGCCACGGCAGUGCUCAUAACCCCCGUCUAUGUGAUACUGAUCUUCCUCUGGUGGCAGAAAAGGUAA